GUAAUAAAUUAGCAACGCUCAAAACAAAACUUAAACCCUGACUAUGGCUUCUCUAUUCACACCAAUUCUUCCAUCACUCUUACUAACCCUCACACUCCUUCAACAACACCCAGUUCACUCCCACUACCACUCAUCAACGCCGUUCCCUUAUUCAUCUGCCAUCACCGCGCAAUCUGAUUGGAAGCCCGCCAGGGCCACCUACUACGCGGCUGCGGAUCCCCGGGAUGCGGUCGGUGGGGCUUGUGGGUAUGGUGACCUGGAAAAGAGCGGUUAUGGGAAGGCCACUGCUGGGUUGAGUACAGUUCUGUUUGAAAAAGGUCAGAUCUGCGGCGCGUGUUACGAGGUAAGGUGCGUGGAAGAUCUACGGUGGUGUAUUCCGGGUACCUCUAUUAUUGUCACGGCGACAAAUUUUUGUGCUCCGAAUUAUGGGUUUGAGCCUGAUGGUGGCGGCAAGUGUAAUCCGCCAAAUGCCCAUUUUGUUUUGCCCAUUGAGGCUUUUGAGAAGAUUGCUAUUUGGAAGGCUUCCAAUAUGCCAAUUCAGUACCGAAGAAUCAAGUGCAGAAAGGAAGGAGGCGUCCGGUUCACGGUCGGUGGUGCCGGGAUAUUCUUAUCAGUCCUAAUAAGGAACGUUGCAGGUGCUGGAGACGUAACGGCUGUGAAAAUCAAGGGUUCAAGAACAGGAUGGCUUCCAAUGGGCAGAAACUGGGGCCAAAACUGGCAUAUAAAUGCUGAUAUGAAGAAUCAGCCCCUUUCAUUUGAGGUCACCAGUAGUGAUGGAUUGACUAUUACAUCUUACAAUGUUGCUCCAAAGAGUUGGAGUUUUGGACAGACUUUUGAAGGCAAGCAAUUUGAAUCUUAAAACUUACCCAGAAUCAGAGAAUUUGUCUGUAUUAUCGAGCUGGUUGGAGAUAGGGGUUUUAUGGGUGGGGGGUGGGAACUACAAUUUUUUUCCUCUCUGUCUCUUAGAUGGGAGGCUAUAGAUCUCCCAUUAGACCUGGCAACAAAUGGAAUGGAACGGAAAAAAGGGAUUUGUGUAGCUUACCCAAAUUUAUUGGGUACAAGGCUUAAUAUGUUGUUGUUGUAGUCGCGUCUUUGACGGGGAUUUAAGAACCUUGAAACACCAGAGGUGGUCUCCAGUUGUGGUACUUUGUAUUUUAUAUUGAAAUGUAGAUUAUGUAAUGGUAGUAAUCACAUUUUUAACAUUUUCUUUAGGCUUGAAUUUGUUAAUGCUGAGUCCUGCAUCAGAAAAUAUCUGUUGGUUUU